AUGGAUUACGUCACCGUCUUCCCCCUCAAUAUCCACAUCACAAUCAACCCUCUUAAAACCCUCGGUCGAGUUAAACAACACCGUCACCGACCCGCAGAAAGCCUUCAGCUUCCGGUGGAUUUUGAAAACCCCAACCUUCAUCCUAAUCUUAGCCCUAAUUUUCAGGUCCACCUGGAUCUGCCCCGCCGCCCGCUCCAUCCUCAGGCCCUUUGCCACCGACCCGUGCACCGCCGCGUCCUUCGGCGUCAGGUACAGAUCCAGAUGAGUCACGCUCCGCCUGGGCUGGUAGAACGGGUGCACGUCGUUCGUGGACAGCACUCGGUCCUGAUACAACACAGUUGCGUCGAUUUUGUCGUAGUACAGGGAAAUCCUCCGAUUGGGGUUGUUCGCGCGGAGGACGAAUUGGAAGUUGGCGUUCAGGAGGUCGUUUCUGGUCAACCUGAGAUUGAGCCCUUUCCGAUUGUGUAUCUCAGCUUCCUGGGCUGCACGACCAGCCAGGCAAUGAGGACAGCGAGCCCGACGAGUACAAUAAGGGAGAGUAAGGCGCCCAAUAUCGGCCGGAUCAGGGGCGAGUGGCGUGGACGCGCCGCCGGCCUGGGAGCGGAUGUUGUUGGUGGCAUG